CCAAUCAGACGAAAGGUCAGCUUCUGAAGGAUCACGGGUAACUUUCAAUAUGGCGGUGGCUGUGAUUGUGAAAUCGUGGACUGUGGAAAUAGAAGCCAAUUUAAUUGAAGAAGUUAAGAAAAAACCAUAUUUAUGGGACAUAAAACACCCAUAUUACACGAAAAAAAACCUAAAAAAAGUUGGCUAUGACGAAAUAGCAGAAAAUAUUGAAAGAAAGAUGGCCGGAGUAUGCAAGAAACUUUCAAUACGACUUGAUGCUUGCAAAAUUCAAAAAUCUGAGAAGCCAGUAUAGGAGGGAGCGGAAAAGAAUGCUCACGUUUAAAAGUGGCAGUGGAGGACAGGGUUUCGUUCCGAAAUGGGAGCAUUUCCAACGCCUGUCCUUCUUGGAUGAUGGCAUGGUGGCAGAAGACAGUUGCUCCAAUUUGGACAAUUCUUUCUCCUCAAAUAUCAUAUAUGAUGAUGUAAUUGAGGAGGAAGAAUGUACAGAGCUGCCCUCUCCUGCCACUAGCGAAAAUUUUAUUUCUAGCCUGCCACUUCUAGAUGUAAGUGAGCCCUCUUCUUCUCCUUCAACAAGCCAGCUGAAGCCAGUUGAAAGGAAGAAGCGCAAAAAGGGGGAGGACAGUGACAUACAGGACUUCCUAUCCACUGCUUCUGCUGCACUUUUAAAAGUGCAGGAAACAGAAAAUAAUACAGAAAUUCUGUUUGGGAAGUAUGUCGCUUCCUCCCUUUUAGAUAUUUCCGAUUUAACUCCUUUUGUUAUACCAAAUGAUGAAACAAACAAUCAAAAAGGAGUUCUCAAAAUUCAAAAUAUUCUGCUAUUUGGAUAA